AUGUUACCUACUCGUACAGUGUUCAGGAAACCAACGUUGUUCUACGCGAUAUGUCCGGAUUAUCCAAAUGUUCUGGGCGAACGAUUAAAAGUCAGAGGUGAACAUUGGAGAAGAGCAGAAGAGGAUAAAAAAGCUGGUAUAUUAGAAUUCGGUAGAGGAACAGUCGCACCACCUGAUUCGCCAUUACAUCAACAAGAAUUACCAACCGGCAUUCAAGCUAUGAAUGGUUCAAUAAUGUUUUUCAGAUUUCAAUCGUUGGAAGAUACUUGGAAAAGAAUAAAAGAAGACGUUUAUUAUACAGGUGGUAUUUGGGAUAAAGAAAAAUUACAAAUUGGUGAAUUCAUUAGAUUACCAAGUGAUGAUGAGUGA